GUGGAAUGAUUAAUAUUUCCUAAGCUCUCACUGAGCUUAAUUUUUCUUCGAUGAUUUACAAGAGCGAACAACAUUCUUUGCUAUUCUAUCUUUACAAUUGCGAAUCAGCAGUGAUUUUAGCAUCAUUUUGACGAUAAUUUUCAAUCCAACUAUCUGUUAAACACCGAAUUGAUGAACUUAGAAGAAAUUUACUUACAGUUUCUUGAUAACUUGUUCAUUUUUUUCUUCUAAAAAGUAGAAUUAAGAAAAAAUUUCAAAGACUUUCACGUUCUGCGCAAUAUUUGCAAGAGAAUAGUAGCAGAAUCAUUUUCCACUUCUUCCCUGCGACACUCGGUGUUAUCGCUAUGCAUUGUUGCUGCGGGAAAGGAAGAUAAACUGGGCAUUCACUACGCCGCUGCGCAGCGCAAUGGACUGUUUUCUAGCCACUUCUAUGCAGAGGAGCACACACACGGAGUCCAGGUAGCACAUCGCGAAGUUGAAUACCGAAAAUUCCAUUGGCAUGCCGUAAGAAGUGGAUGAAUGUUGGGAAAGAUGGCAGGGAGAGAGUGUGAGUGCGCGAUUGGAGUCUCCACAACCGUUCGCUGAACGACGGAAACCAGUCUCGAGAGGCCAGUCAUCCGCUUAAGGUGUCUCAGCGCUGCACCGUGGUUUCUGGCAAAGAAGUGGAGGAGGGAGAGGCAACGGAGCCCAUCUUAACUGUGCCUUGAAAGCUCUGUGUUGUAGACAAAAUCUGUCCACGUAGGAAUAUUUUCUUGUGUGUCGCGCUAUUCUGUGGCCAUUGAGCGUGAUUUGGUAUAUCGCGGUGUUGAGUGUGGCGUUGGAAGUGCACUGAAAGGAUUUACACGCACAGUGACGUCUUGAAGCCACCUGAAAAAAGAGAUCUUCGCCGCCAUGGAGGACUGAAGCCGACGCUGAGCUCCCCGAAGAGAUGGCACUGAGAUUGAGGAAGGACGUCCAGAAGGCCUCCUACUAUGUGUGGUUCCUGGGCGCCCAGGAGGCCAAGGGCCUGCGCGGCCAGCGAGUCCUGCUGCCGGCCAUUCCGCGCCUCAUUGAGCGCUCGCGUGAGCAGGAGCCGCUCAAAGUCACGCUGCAAGUGUCACACAAGGGCCUCAAGAUAAUCCAGGGCUCCUCCAAACACUUCAUUCCGCAUAGCGCGAUCACCUGCUCAGUGCAGACGGACGACGUCGUGGCGUGUGUCCUGCUGCUGUACAAUCCCGCCACGCGGUGUCCUCUGCACGUGCACGCGUAUCGCUGCGACUCGGAGAGCACGGCCCAGGCGCUCCAUCAGCAACUUCAAAUAUUGAUCAACCGACCGGAAAAUCAGAAGCGAUUCAAUGAACUCGAAUCGAGAUUGGGUCUUCAGCAGCCGCCGCCUCAUGUGUCGCCCAAGAUGCCGCCGAAGAUGCCCAAGCCGGGCCGUCGCGUGGACGUGGAGCGUGCCACAUCGCCGCCGCGGCGCUUCGAGUCGUCGCUGGGAAGCGACGACAUGAGCACGCGUGAGUCCGAAUGCAGUGGCGAGCACUCGCCCACGAGCCCCAUUUCACCGGUCGCAGGCGCGCCCAGAGCCACACUGUACGACUCCCUGGCGGCCGAGCUGCGCGCCAAGCUGAACGGCAACGGGCCGCCACUUCUGCUGCCGCCGCGCGACUACGACACCAUGCACCGCUCCAAGGGCAACCUGGCGGCCACGGAGCUGCGCCGCUGUCAGAAUCAGCUGAUCGUGGGCGGGCCAGGCUCCGGGAAGCAGGGCGUCUCGUCGCGCGGUUCCUCAGGCAUCGGCUCCGAUCUGGCGCCCAGUCCGGAGCGACAGGACGGACAGACGUCCAGCGACGAGGACUGGACGAAUGAUCACCAGGAGUCGGUGAUUGUGAUGCAAGCGCCGAGGAGACCCGCACCGGCGGAAGUGGCGCCCAAGCGCCCCACGGCCACGUACUUGUAUCCUCACGAGCCGCCGCGCAGUGAAAAAUUCGCCGAGGACCAGCGGCCGCCUCCAAAGCAUCGCCUUUCCGCGAAGGUGGCCGAGGAGAGGCAGCGCAGGGACUCUUCGCAGUCGCGCGAGGAGGAAGAAGUGAAGCCGGUGCUGAUGAAGAAUCGUCCGCCGUACAACGAGGCGCGCUUCCGGGAGGUGUUCGAGCAGGACAGACGAUUUAGCGGCGAGGCGAGAAGGUUCAGGCCUCCGGAAGAUGACGAGGACGAGGAGGAGGCUGAGGAGGUGAUGGAGACUCCGGUGAGAAAGCGCUCGCCGCCGGAGAGAGAAGCUGAAUUCAGGGAGAAAUCCUUCAGGGAGAACCUGACGGACAAGCAGAAGUACAUGGCGGAGAAGUACCGGCAGCAGAGUCGGUAUCGGGAGAGGCCUCACUAUCCCGACGAGGUGGAGGAAGUGGUGGAGAAAAUGGAGAAGAUCAAGUACCGCGAGAAGCCGCGCUACAAGGAGCCACUGUCCGAGAAGUCCAGCUACGGCAGCCGCGACAAGUCACUGGAGUUCUUCCCGGAGGAGAGGAAUCCCUACCAGGAGCCCGAGAGCCAGCCGUACCGCGAGUCCAUCGAGAAGAUGCUCAAGUCGCCGGUGAUGCGCUACAAGUCCUUCGACGAGGAGGCGGCGUGGCAGGAGAAGAAGCGCUACGGCUAUCGCUGUGUUCAGGAGGAGUUCAAGCCGCGCCGCCAGAAGAUUGAGGCGCCCAAGGCGUCGCCCAAGGAGCGUUUCCACGAUGCCAAGGAGAAGUUCCAGGCAAUGGAGCGCAGCGUCCACAAGCCGCUCAGGCGCUCUCACGACGCCCAGAUGCAACCGCGCCGAGGAUCUCUUGAUCCGCCGUCCAAUCAUUCGCUACAGCGCCAGCGCUCGAAUCCAGUGGCGGUGCGCGAGGACUGGAGCUCGGACGAGGAGCAGGAGCUGCCGCCGAUGGCAUAUCGCGGCUACGAGGAGCGCGAGGCGCCGCGGAUGGCGCCCAGCAAGAGCCUGGGCAAUCUGGUCAAGGGAUACCGCCACAGCUACGCCGAGCCGCGCAAUCCGCUGCCACGCGGCAGUGGCAGAGUCGGCCUGGCCGCAGUCAAUCCCUACUGACGCCCAGAAUCCUGUAUAUUCCGUGUACAUUUAGAGGACGAGCGACGAGAAGCCUUGGUCAUGAUAACACCUCCAGAAAGCCUGUAUUUUGUGGUAUAAUUUAUAUUAACUCCCCGUUUCUCUAUCGAUUUAUAUGUGCCUUGAGAGAAAAUCUAACUGAAUUAUCCGUUUUGUGGAAAAUGCCUUCCAUUUCUUUUGUUACUCUCUCUCUCUCUCUUAUAAUGUAAUCUCUGUAUGAAGAUAUACAUAAAUAAAUUAAUACAG